GAAAAUAAUUAUAUUGAUUUUAGAUUGAUAUAAAUAGUUAGAUAAAAACUCACAGAUACAAAUAAAUAUAGUAAAAAAAAUACCUUUUCUAUGAGUGACUUUCCGUCUCUUUUUAUACCAUUAGUAGGCUUAGUAUUGCCGGCAAUUGCAACGUUUUAUUUAUUUAUUACUGUUCAAGAAAAAUAAAAAUUUUUAGAUAUUUUAUAUAUUGAGAUCCUCCCUUUUUUGUAAGUUGCUUUUUUUUGUAUCAUAACAGGAAGAUCUGUGGAAUCAUAUUGACUUAAGGCGUUAUUUUUUUCUAUCUAACCAAGUUUAUGAAUUACCCCUAAAGGUUUACAUCAAACUAGUGCUAGAUUCUCAUCAAACAAAUAUUCGUUUGAUGAGAAUUACUUUUGAAAUAGCAAAGUUCCUAAUUAAUGGUUUUUUUUCUUAAUUCCAAUAAAAUAAAAUAAAAUCGGAUGUAAUAUGAGUUGGCAAUCAAAACAUAUAUGGAUCGAACUUAGACCUGGGUCUAGAAAAAUAAGUAAUUUAGGUGGGCUUUUACUCUUUUUUUAGGUUCAUUGGGAUUCUUAUUAGUAGGAACUUCCAGUUAUCUUGGUAUAAAUUGGAUAUCCUUUUUUUCAGCCCAGCAAAUUCUUUUUUUCCCACAAGGAAUAGUCAUGUCAUUCUACGGAAUUGCGGGUCUUUUUAUUAGCUCGUAUUUGUGGUGUACUAUUUUAUGGAAUGUUGGUAGUGGUUAUGAUCAAUUCGAUAGAAAAAGGGAAUUUUUUGUAUUUUUCGUUGGGGAUUCCCUGGAAUAAAUCGGCGCAUUUUCCCUCCGAUUCAAUAUAAAAGAUAUAAGGUCUAUUCGAAUAGAAGUGAAAGAAGGUAUUUAUGCUCGUCGUGUCCUUUAUAUGGACAUCCGAGGCCAGAGGGCUAUUCCUUUGACUCGUACUAAUGAGAAUUUCACCCCGGGAGAAAUUGAAAAAAAAGCUUCAGAAUUGGCCUAUUUUUUGCGUGUACCGAUUGAAGUAUUUUGAGAAGGGGGCUACACCUCUUUUCAGUUACUUUUUUUCUAUUUUUAUAUAUUUUCUAUUUAUUUUUCCAAUUGCAUUUUUUUACUAAGACUCAGGAAUACUAAUUAGCCAAUUGACCAGGCAGUUUUUUAUUAGCACAAGCAAAUCCCCUAGGAAGUUUAAGUAUUCUAUUGCUUACUAUUUCAUUCUAAAUAUUUAAAUAUCUAAACAUUCAGUAAUUUUUUUCUUUUUAUUUUAAUUGAAAGAUUUGUAUCGGAUAUCUGAAUUUCAUCUGUAUUCUUUCUAGAUUCAAAGACUGGCCAAAAAAUCACAACAAAAAUCAAUACAUACUUUAAUAUACCUUAUACCUUGUAAAAGUAAAAACUCAUAUAUGGUGGGUUCAUGAAAAAUAAAAAUAAAGUAUUCACUCCUCUUUUAUAUCUUGCAUUUGUAGUCUUUUUGCCCUGGUGGAUUUAUUUCUUAUUGAAUAAAUGUCUGGGAUCUUGGAUUACUAAUUGGUGGACUACUAGGCAAUCCGAAAGUUUCUUCAAUAAUAUUAAUGAAAAGAGUCUUCUGGAAAAAUUUAUUGAAUUCGAGGAAUUUCUAUUAUUGGACGAAAUAGUUAAAAAAGACGUGGAGACACACCCACAAGAAUUUAUUAUAGGAAUCCAUAAACAAGCAAUUCAAUUAAUAAAGAUACAAAAAUAUAGUGAUAUCCAUCUUAUUUUUCGUUUAGCGACAAAUCUAAUCUGUUUUUUUAUUCUAAGUGUUUCUGCUAUUUUGCGUAAUGAAAACCUAAGUCUUCUGAACUCUUGGGCUCGGGAAUUCUUAUAUAACUUAAGCGACACAAUCAAAGUAUUUUGCAUUCUCUUAUUAACUGAUUUAUGUAUCGGAUUCCAUUCACCCCGCGGUUGGGAAUUUAUAAUUACCUUUAUUUCUAAAGAUUUGGGAUUUUGUGAUAAUGAUUUAAUUAUCUCUGGUCUUGUUUGCACCUUUCCAGUCAUUCUAGAUACAAUUUUUAAAUAUUGGGUUUUCCGUUAUUUAAAUCGUGUUUCUCCGUCACUUGUAGUUCUUUAUCAUUCAUUGAAUGAAUGAUUGAAGGACUCUAUGGGAUUCAUAAUUCAAUUUGAAGAUUAAUUUUUUUCUGUUUUUCUAUUGUAAAUAAGCGAAGCAUUAAAAAUAUUACUUCAUUACUUAUUUUAUAGAACUAUUUUUUUUUAUAUUUUAUUCCAUCAAAUAGCAGAAUCCUGGGUAGCAAACUAUACUAGUGACCUACCCCAUUUUAUUGUAUCAAUUUUGCAAUCAACGAUUCGACUAUGCAAACUCGAAAUCAUUUUCUUUGGAUAAAUAAACAGAUUACUCGAUUGAUUUCGCAUUGAUCAUGUUAUAUAUCAUAACUCUGACAUCCAUUUCAAAUGCAUAUCCUAUUUUUGCACAGCAGAGUUAUGAAAAUCCACGAGAAGUAACUGGCCGUAUUGUAUGUGCCAAUUGCCAUUUAGCUAAUAAGCCCGUGGAGGUUGAGGUACCGCAAGCGGUACUUCCAGAUACUGUAUUUGAAGCAGUAGUGCAAAUUCCUUAUGAUAUGCAACUUAAACAAGUUCUUUCCAAUGGUAAAAAAGGGGGGUUGAAUGUGGGGGCUGUUCUUAUUUUACCGGAUGGUUUUGAAUUAGCCCCUACAGAUCGGCUUUCUCCCGAGAUGAAAGAAAAAAAUAGGCAAUUUGUCUUUUCAGAGCUAUAGACCCUCGAAAAAAAAUAUUGUUGUGGUGGGCCCUGUUCCUGGUCAGAAAUAUAGUAAAAUAACCUUUCCCAUUCUAUCUCCCGAUCCUGCUACUAAUAAAGAUGCUCAUUUCUUAAAAUAUCCUAUAUAUGUGGGUGGAAACAGGGGAAGAGGCCAAAUUUAUCCCGACGGUAGCAAGAGUAACAAUACUGUUUAUAAUGCUACAGCAACAGG